CUAACCCCCCCCCGGUCCCCAGGGUGCAGCGGCGUCCCCGUGCCAGGAGCAGCCACGAUGCGGAUCUGCGCUUUGGGCCUCGUCUUGAGCGUGCUCGUUUCUGCGUGCGUCGCCAGCUCGGCAGACUGCGAAGCAAGAAUCAACCAGGCAGCUCUAGACUAUGUUUCCCGAGUGGCCAAAGUUGAAAACGAGAUACCCUUAGAGAAGGCACUAGCAGCCAUCUCCAUCCCAGACCUCUCCACGGUUCCCCAAAAGCUCACAGGGAUACGUAUUAAGAGCGUCAACCUGCUCAAUCUUUCCACGACGCUUCAGCCUGGCGCUGGCCUGCAAAUGACUGCGGACCUGGACCUCGGCCUCUGGGGCCAGCUCAUGGACGCUGCGAUGGAGAUGACAGUAAAAGUAUCCAUCAGAGCUGAAAUCCAUGCAAGGCUGAACUCUGAGAAGAACAUUGAACUGAGCAUUAGCGCCUGCAAAACCAUCGUGGGAGGCAUCACCCCCGGCUCGAAAAAAGGCAGCCUGCAGUCGGUGCUGAAGGAGCUGAGGGCUCAUAUCCACGCUGCGUUAGCCGAGAAGGCGUGUUUGCAAAUCAGCACCAUUGUCCUGAGGCAGAACAGCAAGAUAGCCCGUGCGACAGACAAGCUGCCACUCCUUGCAGAAGGCCAGAUCCAGUACGUCCCGCUCAGCGCUCCUGUGUUUGCCAGAAAAUGGAUCAACCUGCCCUUGCAAACCACGUUCUUCUUCGGAGAACAGGAGAUCCCCAUUCCUCCCAGCCAGGCCCCCUUCGCUCUGCCGGAGCAGGCGGCCGACAGCUCCUCCCACGUCACCAUCGGCCUGUCCCAGGAAUUUUACAACAAUUUCUUCCUAGCCCUACAAACGGCCGGAGCCUUCAACCUGACCAUCCAGAGCGAGCUAACGACCGCCAGCCUAGCACAGCAGGGCGCUAAGCAACAGGUCAGCACCCAGUACCCGAAGCCCUUGGCUCUGGUGCUAGCAGUGGUGUUCCCCAAGCCACCCGCAGUGGUCCUGAAUGAAGGCGAGGCAGUCGUGGUGCUCUUUCCCACCAUCCAGAUCGGGGUCCAAAACCCGGGCUUCCAGGUCCUCCUGAGCCUGGAUGUGGAGAUGACCGCGAGCCUGCAGGUUGCCGCUGACAACGUGAAGAUGAUGCUGUCUCUUGAAGAGGAAGGUAAUUUCACGCUCUCCGUGGCCUCUUCUAAAGUGGGCGCCGUUGAGGGUGACCAACUGAAGGAAUUAUUUGGCGAUGUAAUUCAGAAAGAAAUCUUGGCCCGUAUGAAUGAGCUGUUGCGUGACGGGAUCUCCCUGCCACACCUGAGUCUCAUUUUCAACUACGUUGAUACCAGCGUCGCCAUCCACAAGGGUUACGUGCUGAUCCCUGUAAACCUCGAGUACAUCGAGGGAGAGGGGCAGCAAGCCACUGAGAUCUGAAACUUCGCUGGGAGCUCCUCUCCUCUCGUUUUAUCCCCAAACGCUUCAGGUCUGCAGAGAAAUUGUUCUUCGGUCUCUCUGACUGGAUGGAUUCAAUAGCGAGCCAUGUUUCUUUCCUUGGUGAAAUGUUAAGCAUACUUCUUUGCUUUUCUAAGAGUAGUCUCUUACGUUGAGGGUGCAGUCGACGUUGUGCUGGCAAGUCUUGCUCCUGUCCGGCUCAGACGCGGGGUUGUAACAAGGUUUCCUCCUUUCAUUAAAGACUUCCU